CUCAAAAUUAGCACUAUGACUGAUGGAGACUAUGAUUAUCUGAUCAAACUCCUGGCCCUCGGAGACUCCGGGGUUGGAAAAACCACGUUCCUGUACAGAUACACCGAUAACAAAUUCAAUCCCAAAUUCAUCACGACGGUGGGCAUAGAUUUCCGGGAAAAACGGGUGGUGUACAGCAGCAAAGGCCCCAAUGGAGCUCCAGGGAAGGCCUUCAAGGUGCAUCUCCAGCUCUGGGACACGGCCGGCCAGGAGAGAUUUCGGAGCCUCACCACGGCGUUUUUCCGAGACGCCAUGGGCUUCCUCCUGAUGUUUGAUCUCACCAGCCAACAGAGCUUCUUAAAUGUCAGAAAUUGGAUGAGUCAGCUGCAAGCCAAUGCGUAUUGUGAGAACCCGGAUAUCGUGUUGAUUGGGAAUAAGGCGGAUUUAUCGGACCAGAGGGAGGUCAACGAAAGGCAAGCGAAAGACCUGGCCGACAAAUACGGGUAA